AUGCUUCACUUAGAUCCUGCUCUUUUUGAAGAUGUUCCACCUUCCUCUGACGCUUCGACAGAAUACGAAACAGUCGAUGAUGAAGUGCAAAUUGACUUGGGGAAUUAUAUCUCGAACUACCAGGGAUACAUAUACUACCAGCGCCUCUUUUUUAUUGCUCAGCGGUGCCCUUCUCUGCGUGUUAUAGCACUGCGCCUUGCACAUGAUUACAUCAAAAAGUCUACAUUGGACAGCUCCGCAUACAAUAAAAUCUUUUUAAUGUUGGCUGAGCAGACAAACUUUUCCGUAGCUGACUCAUCAGCAUCCAGUGAGACUUCUAGGCAACAACAGCAGUCGGCAUUUUCAAUGCGCCUUAUCACAAACAAUCAUCUUUCAGAUGGCUUGUCUUUAUCUAGCUCAAGUGAAUUAGGAGUGCUGGGUUCUUCUCUUACGGAAGCUUCCAGAAACAUUUUAACUGAUGUCAUGUCCGGAAAAAACGAAGCCAAUUUGGUUUACGACGCGAAAUGGGAGGAGUCUACAAGGCGGAAAGGUGUUAUGCUUUUGGAGCAGUUAGAUACAGAAUUGAAAAAUCACAAGGCGAAUUCAAUCAAAGAAAGCAUACGUCGGGGUUCUGAUGAUCUUGGUGAUUUGUAUUUACAAUUAGGACAAUUGAGCAAUGCGAAUAAAUGUUUUGCUCGUUCCCGAGAUUAUUGUACAUCUCAACAACAAGAACUGACCAUGUGUUUAAAUGUUAUUAAGGUGGCUAUAUUUCAACGUGCUUGGUCUCAUGUUAGUGCACAUGUUACUCGAGCCAGCAGUUUAUCUGAACUACGUGAUACUGCCCCAUUAUUAGGUGCUAAUGCAGCCGAGUUAAAUGCUCAACAACGAAGUCGUGCUGAAGCCCUAGCUCGUUUGGGUACAACACGUACAACAACUGCCGGCAUAUCCGGUGAAUCUUCCACACGUGGCUCUUCUAGUUUAAUAGACCCUUCAAGCCGCAUUUCAUCUCGACACCCUGGUGAUAGUAUUGGAGGUCAUAUCCCUACAUCAGGUGGUCAAAGCUAUCGUGAUGCCUUAGCUCAAGCCCGAACUCAGUUAGCUAUAGCUGCUGGACUAGUUGAAUUAGCUUCUCGUAACUACAGAGGUGCUGCAAUGAAUUUCCUUCAAGUUAAUCACGAUCAUUGUGAAUCACCUACAAGUCGAAUUGUAACUAUAUCAGAUUUAGCAUUUUUCAUUACAUUAUGCAGUUUAGCUACAUUUGAACGUACUGAAUUAGCAACAUUAGUUCUUGGGAAUGCAUCGUUGAGGUUACUUUUGGAAGCAGAACCUGCUUGUCGUGACAUAUUACAGUCGUUCCAUCAAGCAGAUUACGCGUCUUGUUUGGGGCGAUUAAAUAAACUACGAAAUGUUCUACGGUUAGAUAUAUUUUUGUCUGAUCAUGUAUCUGCAUUAUUCCGAGAGAUUCGAUCACGUGCACUUUGUCAGUAUUUCAGUCCAUAUUCAUCAGCCGACUUAAAUUUGAUGGCUAAAGCAUUCGAUACAAAUGUAGCUAGUCUAGAAAAUGAAUUAGCAGUACUUAUCCAAGAUGGAAGUAUUAAAGCUCGUAUUGAUUCACAUAAACAGCUUCUUCGUGUUCUUGACGUGGAUCAGCGAUGUCUAACGUUUGCUCGGGCUGUACGACUUGUUGAUGAGUAUAAAAAUCGUACACAUUCACUGAUACUUCGAAUGGCAUUAGCACGUCAAAAACUUACUGUUAAGUCUACCAGAGAUGAUGUUGAUCCUAUGUAUCAUUACAUGUCAUAA